UGCAGCUCCCGUCACACCCUGCAGUGACGUGGGGAAGGAGCUGAAGCUACCUUUUGCCUGCCGUUCUUCUAACAAGCUAAUUUAUUGAUCUACCACGAUUCUCUUCUCUCUCCUUCAUUCAAUUGAUCGACGACUCAAUAGUCCGACACCAUAACCGAAACGGUCAAUCCGGUUUAAAUCCAAUCACCUACAGUUACCAUGGCCCGCAGCAACAUCACCAAGCUCACCGGCGGGGCCGCUCGCGCCCUCCGCAUCGCAUCGCAAGCCCGUUUGGCAGUCCCGCGCCGCUCUGCUCUCCUCUUGUCCGCCUCCAAACCUGCUGCCUCUGUUAUCCCGGCCCGCAAGCUUUUCACGACGUCGUCCGCUUCUGCACGGGGUAUCAUGCCCGAUACCGACGACCCCAAAGUCAAGGAGACGCCCAAGGAAGAAGUCAAUAUGAAUGUCGUUGAACUCACGGAUGCCGAAUAUCACGAACUAUCCGAUGCUCACCUCGAGACCAUUCUUACGCAGCUCGAGGAGAUAGCCGAUACCCGUGAGGGUGUUGACGUUGAGUAUGCUGCUGGUGUUCUCACUGUUACGUUUCCGGAGGUCGGCACCUAUGUGAUCAACAAACAGCCCCCCAACAAGCAGAUCUGGCUCUCGUCACCCGUUUCAGGCCCCAAGCGCUACGACUGGGUCGUUGUUGGCGACUCGCAGAACGACAAGGAAGGAACUGCUUCCGGCGCCUGGGUCUACACUCGUGAUGGCAGCACUCUUGACGACCUUUUCCUGAAGGAACUUGACAUCGACCUUAGUAUAGCCCCGUCAACCUACGGUGAGAGUCAGUCGUAGGCAGUCAAGAGUUCCGCCUGAGGAUGGCAACAAGGGGUAGGCCUUUGGAUUGGGCUGUCGCACGCCGUUUAUGCGAUCCUGCUGGAAAACAAGCAAGAAACUGGGGUGUAAUCAACAUGGCAAUAGGGAGUUUCGAGGUGGUUAUCAAGGAUUGGAAGCAAGUUCUCCCCUCUCGAACUUCAGAAACAAACAGAACGGCUUUCAUGGGGCUGUGUACUCAAUGUCUGUAAAUCAAGCGCUGGAUCGCGCUAUUUUGAACGGGUAUCCUGGCAGGGCUGCCGGGUCCCCUUCUCGAUGGGGGUAGCACUGUGAAAUGGUUCACUGACAACAAGGCUGGAACUUAUU